CCUAAAACACGUACCCACAGGACAUUUCCAAGUGUCAAAUCCUUCUUCAUUCUCUCUUUAUGUUGCCUUCUUCUCAUAGGCCAACCCACCACCUUAAAUGCCCCACGACCUCCUCUACAACCCCACAUCACCUCACCUUUGUGUGCCUCAAAAGUCUGAGUUUGCUCCUCCAUUACACCAACCUCAGACGACUCAGACCUACCCGGGCUUAACAAACUCUUCACCUUCAAAAUGAUGCAAACCAUGAAUUCCUACACUUUAACAGCAAAAACAGCUGAGAUCAUGGCUAGGUACAGACCCAUAGCUCCAAAACCGGAGGUUACGGCGAACGCAGCGGACGUGUCGGAGAACACAUCAAUGCCACAGAACAUCCGGCAAUCCGCUUACCUUAGAACCGUGUGGCCCGAUUUGCAGUCAAGGCCAACAAGAACCAGAAAGAGAGGGAGGACUGCAAUUGCACCACCUACUGUCAAGAGACAAAGGACUUGUCUUCAAGGACUCUAUCCUAUUCCUCCUCCUCAGGUAAACACUUCACCUGCCGGAAACCUCUCGUUCAAUGCUUUAGGUCAUGGCCCAAAAGGGUUUCCUCAGCUUAUACCUGUCCCAAUCUCAAAUAUCACCGCCCUCAACGGCGGCGUUGCAGUGGGAAAUUCAUGCACGUUGCCAGCGAACUUAGUCACACUACCUCUCCUCCCAAUUCCUUCAUCCCUUACCAUCGAUCCCCAACAAGCACCACCACCAGAAACCAUAGGUGUUCGAGUUUGUGGAGGCAACAAAGAUAUAGACUUGAACACGGAAGCCGAAGAUCCAGAAGAACAGGAUUUCCUGCAGCAACUGCAAGGACCCACCAGCCCCAAUAUCAUUGCCCCACAGCCGGUUCGACCGGUGGGCUCCAACAUAUGUGUUGGGUGCAUCAGUGACGACAGUGGUCGAACAACUUCUGUGCAACUUCUCAAGAAACCAGAGGAGGUGGAGGAAGAGGUCGAGUCUGAGGCCUUGCCGGCUAUUGUAUCAGAUUCAAACAACAAAGUCAGACUGGCGAAUUCCGCUUAUAAGGAAAUGGUGGCAAAAACAGCUGAGAUCAUGGCUAGGUACAGACCCAUAGCUCCAAAACCGGAGGUUACGGCGAACGCAGCGGACGUGUCGGAGAACACAUCAAUGCCACAGAACAUCCGGCAAUCCGCUUACCUUAGAACCGUGUGGCCCGAUUUGCAGUCAAGGCCAACAAGAACCAGAAAGAGAGGGAGGACUGCAAUUGCACCACCUACUGUCAAGAGACAAAGGACUUGUCUUCAAGGACUCUAUCCUAUUCCUCCUCCUCAGGUAAACACUUCACCUGCCGGAAACCUCUCGUUCAAUGCUUUAGGUCAUGGCCCAAAAGGGUUUCCUCAGCUUAUACCUGUCCCAAUCUCAAAUAUCACCGCCCUCAACGGCGGCGUUGCAGUGGGAAAUUCAUGCACGUUGCCAGCGAACUUAGUCACACUACCUCUCCUCCCAAUUCCUUCAUCCCUUACCAUCGAUACCCAACAAGCACCACCACCAGAAACCAUAGGUGUUCGAGUUUGUGGAGGCAACAAAGAUAUAGACUUGAACACGGAAGCCGAAGAUCCAGAAGAACAGGAUUUCCUGCAGCAACUGCAAGGACCCACCAGCCCCAAUAUCAUUGCCCCACAGCCGGUUCGACCGGUGGGCUCCAACAUAUGUGUUGGGUGCAUCAGUGACGACAGUGGUCGAACAACUUCUGUGCAACUUCUCAAGAAACCAGAGGAGGUGGAGGAAGAGGUCGAGUCUGAGGCCUUGCCGGCUAUUGUAUCAGAUUCAAACAACAAAGUCAGACUGGCGAAUUCCGCUUAUAAGGAAAUGGUGGGUCAGCCGGAAUGUUCAUGGCUUGACACCGCCGGUGACGGAGGCGGUGCAUGCAAGAGGAUUGGUGGGGAGGUGAUGCUCAAGUUUUUGGAUGAAACUGUGCCAGUUUCAUCAAAUGGGUUUUCGUGCUGGGUGAGGAUUGAGUGGGGAAGCAGUGGCAAGAAAGACCCAAUAAGCAAUGGAGAGAAGAACACAAUCAAUGCUUUUUGCGACGCUAUAAGGUUAGACUGUGAGUCCAAGGAUUACCUAUUUGCAUGGAAGUUCCACACAAGAGCUUCUUCUGAAUCUGCUUCCAACUUUUGA